GGCGGGAAGUGCGAGUGGCGGCGCCAUGGGCCCCGGGAGCGGCGCGCGGCCGGCUGGGGGCGCGGGGCAGCUCGCGCGGGGCCCCGGGCCCGGCGGGUCCGCGCCCGCAGCCUGGCAGCACCCGUUCCUCAACGUCUUCAGGCACUUCAGGGUGGACGAGUGGAGGCGGGCGGCCAAGGAGGGCGACGUGGCCCUGGUGACGGACAAGACCCUGAGGGGCGCCGUCUACCGCAUCCGCGGCGCGGUCUCCGCCCGCAACUACAUCCAGCUGCCCCGCCCCGGCGCGCAGCCCCUGGGGCUCACCGGGCGGUACCUGUACGUGCUCUUCCGGCCGCUGCCCGCCAGGCACUUCGUCAUCCACCUGGACGUGUCCACCGAGGACGGCCAGGGCGUGCGCGUGUCGUUCUCCAGCCUCUUCAAGGAGGUCAAGUGCACGGCGACGUGGCUGCAGUUCCCCUUCGCCUUCGAGGCGGCGGCCGCCGGCGCGCGCUGGACCUGCCUGCAGCUGGACCUGCGAGACACGCUGCUGCUCCACGGGCGCCGCCACUACGGCCACCUCCGGGGCGUCCGGCUGUGCGCCAGCCUGCUGGUCAGGAACCUCUACACCAGCGACCUGUGCUUCGACCCGGCUGUCACCGUCGCCGAGGCCCGGCGGGCGAAGCUGCCCGUCACCCCCGUGCCUCGGGAAAUGGCUUUCCCGGUGCCAAAGGGGGAGAGCUGGCACGACCGCUACCUGCACGUCCGGUUUCCAAGUGACCGCUCCGCAGGGCCCUCCGAGCCGCCUCGGAUAAGCUGCUCCCCUCCCGAGGCAGGUGGGCCUCGCGGGGACAGGGCAGAGCCAGCGACCCUGGGGCCUGUGCCACAGCCAUUCCCUCGCCUGGGGGGCCUCGGCAAACCCGUGCAAGACAGCGCGUCCCCUGUGGUGCAGAGCGCCAGCCCCGCAGCCCCCCGCCGGGCGCCCUCAGCACCCAGCCGCCUUCCAGAGCACAGCUCGUCCUGCGGAGGCUCGGAGGUGUCCGCUGUCGGUGGCCCUGAGCCCUCGGCCUCCGCGCAGGCUGCCGACCUGCACGCGGUCCCCGGUGACGGCCGCCCCUGUGCCGCUGCAGAGCCCACGGCCGCCCAGGACGCCAGCUCCGGAGAACGGUCCCUCCCAGACCCGGUCCUGAGGCUCAGGGGUGUCGUCGGCUUUGGGGGCCACAGCACCAAAUGGGCCCUGUGGACCAGGGACGGGGCGGCUGUCGUGUACCCCUGCCACGCGGUCAUCGUCGUCCUGCACAUCCACACCAUGGAGCAGCGCUUCUUCCUGGGCCACACGGACAAGGUCUCUGCCCUGGCGCUGGACACGGAGGGCUCGCUGCUGGCCUCGGCCCAGGAGCAGCCCAGCACGGUGCGGCUCUGGGACUUCCGGGCCGGGGGGUGCCUGUCCCUGCUGCAGAGCCCGGUGCACAGCACCUGCUCCCUCAGCUUCUCCGAGAGCGGGGCCCUCCUCUGUGGUGUGGGCAAGGACUGCCACGGGAGAACGGUGGUGGUGGCCUGGGGCACAGCCCAGGUGAGCCUGGGUGGUGACGUGGUUGUUCUGGCAAAGGCGCACACCGACUUCGACAUCCGGGCCUUCCACGUCGCCCCUGCGGAUGGAACCCGGAUGGCCUCGUGCGGGCGGGGCAGCGUGCGGCUGUGGCGGCUGCGUGGCGGGGCGCUGCGAUCCUGCCCGGUGGACCUGGGGGAGCACCACUCGCUGGACUUCACAGACCUGGCCUUCGAGCAGGCCCAGGACAGCGGCCGGGAGCCCGCGGCCCGCACCCUCUACGUGUGCAGCCGCAGCGGCCACAUCCUAGAGGUCGACCUCCAGCGCCUGGCCGUGCAGCGUGCCCGCCGCCUGCUGCCCACGCACACGCCCGGCAGCCCCGGCUCCCGGAAGCAGCCCUUCAGCUCAGGUAGGGGGCGCCCGCUGUGCCGGGGCAGCGGCUUUGAGGCUGCGGCGCUGACGCCCCGGCCCCCAGGCCCCGGGAUCUCUCUCAGCAGCCUCAGUGUCUCCGCCGCCGCGUGUGCCGUGGGCUCCGAGGACGGCUACCUGCGGCUCUGGCCCCGGGACUUCUCCUCAGUGCUCCUGGAAGCGGAGCAUGAGGGCCCGGUCAGCUCGGUGCGUGUCAGCCCCGACGGCCUGCGUGUGCUGUCCACCACGUCCUCGGGCCACCUGGGCUUCCUCGACAUCGCGGCCCAGGAGUACACGGUGCUGGUGCACUCCCACGUGGCCCCGGUGCGGGGCUUGUCCGUGGAGCGCAGCCGGGGGCAGCUGGCCACCGUGUCGGCGGACCACUCCGUCCGCAUCUGGGACCUGGCCACUCUGCAGCAGCUGUAUGACUUCACGUCGAGCGGCGAGGCCCCGUCCACCGUGGCCCUCCACCCGGCCAGGCCGACCGUCUUCUGCGGGUUCUGCAGUGGGGCCGUGCGCGCCUUCAGCCUGGAGGCCCCCGAGGCCCUCGUGGAGCACACGCAUCACCGCGGAGCCGUCACCGGCCUGGCUGUCACCCCCGACGGCAGCCUCCUGUUCAGCGCCUGCGCCCGCGGCACCCUCACCCAGUACAGCUGUGCCGUCCCCCGGUGCUGCGUCCUCCGAGUGGCAGCAAACGUGGUGUGCCCAGACGCCCGCCCGAGCCCCAGCACCCUGGUGGUCAGUGGGGACAGCCAUCUGCUGGCUUUUGUGGGCCCCUCCAAGCACGCAGUGACCGUCAUGGACACGGCCUCCCUGGACAAGCUGCUGCGGGUCGACGUCAGUGCACUGGACCCGGCCGGCAGUCGCCUGGACUCAGCUGUGGCCGUCUGCUUCGGCCCCGUCCCCUCAGGCCACCUGCUGGUGUCCACGUCUUCCAGCAAGGUCAUCGUGCUGGACGCCAGGUCGGGCCGCACCCUCAGGAAGCUGUGUGGCGUCCACGCCGUGGCCUGUCCCUCCCUGGCCCUCAGUGAGGAUGCCCGCUUCCUGCUGACGGCCGCUGGCCGGGCAGUCAAGGUGUGGGACUACUCCACCCAGGCUGGCCCUGACUGCCAGGUGUACAUUGGCCACUCGGAACCCGUGCAGGCCGUGGCCUUCACCCCCGACCAGCAGCAGGUGCUCAGCAUAGGGGACACCGUGUUCCUCUGGGAUGUCCUGGCAGCACCCCCCAGGCAAGUGCCUGCCCUCAGCCGUGUGCGUGCCGGCUGCGCACCGGGCCCGCCACGCACCUGUGCUUCCUCGCGCAGCAGCCCAGACCCGCACGGGACGCCGGCAGCCCGUGAGGCCGGCACGUGCCCUGCCUUGGAUGAAGAGAGCCGCCGUGCAGAGGGGGCACCCAAGACCCCAGGCCCACCCGUGCUGGCAGAAGAGGAGGCCGGCGGGGCUGGCGACGGGGCCGUGGAGGCUAGGAAGGACUCCCCCAGUCCCCACAGCCAGCUCACAGGUGGUGCCCAGAGCACCCGGACACGGGCCCGGCCCCCUGCCCACCUGGAUUCCUGCACGCGCUCCGUGGCUCUGUGCGAGGCCUCCAUGCUGGCCAGGGUUGUCCACGGACCCCAGCCUGCCGAGCGCCUCCCCCCGCCUGCCGGGAGAGAGCAGCUGCGCCUGAAGGCUGUCGUGGGCUGCGGUGGGAACGGGCAGGCCAGCGUGGUCUGGAGGCCGGACACAGGCUUCUUCGCCUACACGUGUGGCCGCCUGGUGGUGGUGGAGGACCUGCAUUCCGGCGCCCAGCGGCACUGGCGAGGCCACCCCGAGGACGUCGCCACGCUGGCCCUCAGCCACGAUGCCCAGGUCCUGGCCUCUGCCUCGGGCCGUGGCAGCGCGGCCGCCACCUGCCAGAUCCGCAUCUGGGACGUGCCCGGGGGCCUCUGCCAGCAGCUCCUGUCCUCGCCCCACUCAGCCGUGCGCGCCCUGGCCUUCUCGCCGGACGACCGGCUCCUCGUCACCCUGGGGGACUGUGGGGACGGCACCCUGGCCCUGUGGAGCACAGCCACCUAUGAGCUCCUGCUGUCCACGCGCCUCCGGGAGCCGGUGCACGCUGUGGCCUUCAGCCCCUGGGGAGCCGGCGAGCUCGCGGGUGUGGGCCCAGGCACGGUCACCUCCUGGCUCCUGCGGCAGCACGGGACGGACGUCGGCCUCCAGGCUCGCCGAGAUCCGGUCCCAGAAGAGGUGGGCGUGGUGGAGCUCACCUCGCUCUGCUACGGGGCCGCGCCCCUGCUCUACUGCGGCUCCAGCUCCGGCCGGGUCUGUGUCUGGGACACGCACGUCGGCCGUUGCUUCCUGGCCUGGGAGGCGGACGACGGCGAGAUCGGUGGGUGCCUGGCCUGGAGUCUGGGCCGCCGGGCGGUGACGGGGGGCCGCCGGCUCACCCCUCCCCCGCCCCCGCCUCCAGGAGUGCUGCUGUGCUCGGGCUCCAGGCUGCUCAGCGGCAGCCACACGAGGCGGCUGCGCCUGUGGGCCGUGGGGGCCGUGCCGGAGCUGAGACGCAAGGGCUCGGGGGCCAGGUCCAGUUCUGUGUUCCUGGAACACGAGCUGACCCUGGACGGGGCUGUUGUGAGUGCCAGCUUCGACGACAGCUUGGACAUGGGGGUCGUGGGCACCACGGCGGGCACACUCUGGUACAUCGGCUGGGCCGAGGGCACCAGCACCCGUCUCGUCAGCGGCCACAGGAAGAAGGUGACCGAGGUGGUCUUCAGCCCCAGCGGGUGCCACUGUGCCACGUGCAGCGAGGACGGCAGUGUGCGGGUGUGGUCUCUGGCCAGCAUGGAGCUGGUGAUCCAGUUCCAGGUGCUGAACCAGAGCUGCCUGUGCCUGGCGUGGAGCCCCCCGUCCUGUGCACGCGCGGAGCAGCAGCGGGUGGUGGCGGGCUAUGGCGACGGCACGCUGCGGGUGUUCAGCCUUGCCCGCACGGCCUUGGAGCUCAAGAUGCGUCCCCACCGGGCCGCGCUGACGGCCGUGGCCUUCUCCACGGACGGUCAGACCAUCCUCUCCGGAGACGAGCUCGGGCUUGUGGCCGUGAGCUGCCCCCGCGCGGGGCUGACAUUCCGCGUGCUGAGUGACCAUCAGGGGGCCCCGAUCUCUGCCCUCCAGAGCACCAGCCGUCAGUGUGGAGACGUGGGGGCGGAGGGCACGGACCUGUGGCUGGCGGCCAGUGGGGACCAGCGGGUCAGUGUCUGGGCCUCCGACUGGCCGCGGGACCACUGUGAGCUGGUGGACUGGCUGAGCUUCCCAGCGCCGGCUGCCCUGGAGGCCCCAGCCCGCCCGCCGCCCUGUCUUGCUGCCUUCUGCCCCUGGGACCGGGCACUGCUGGUGUGCGUGGGCCUCGGCGUGCGCAAGGAGGUGAUGCUGUACAGCCUCCGUCAGAAGCAGGUGCUGGACAGGAUCCCGCUGCCGUGCUCCGCCGUGUCCCUGAGCCUGUCUCCCGCGGCCCAGCUCAUGGCCAUCGGCCUCACUGGGUGCACCCUGAGGCUGGUGGACUGUGCCUCGGGCACCAGCCAGGACUUCGCUGGCCACGACGACUCGGUGCACCUGUGCCGGUUCACGCCCUCCUCCAGGACGCUCUUCACCGCGGCCUACAACCGGAUCCUGGUGUGGGAGGUCACUGAGCUGCGGCCGCGUGGCCAGGACUGGCUGUUGGCGUGUGCAGAGGGCCCCGUGCCAGUCGGGGCCCCGUCUGCGCCUUGUACAGUUUAAAUAAAGUGGACGUUUGCGCA